AUGAAUCCCCUUGAGCUGGAUCAUGUCACUGCAAAUGUCUUUCGUUUCGAUUUUUCGACGGAAAUUGAGCCUGCAGAGCAAGAAACAAGAGAAAAUCGUUACACAAAAAAAAGUACACAAAACGCAAUACGUAAACAUUUCGCUCGUAAAACAUCUAAAUGGAAAAUGGAAGCACAUUAA